CAAGCCCCGCCCCUUUCGGGGUCCUCGCGAGCGGCUGUUGGUGCUCGUCGCUCGCGCUCUCGUGGCUGCUGCUGCGCUGCUAGCAGGACGAGCAAGAUGGAGGCGGUGGGCGCCUGAGAGCGGGUCUCCCCGACUGCUGCCCGCCAUGGCGGACGAUGCCGAGCUGGAAAGGAAGGCAGUGGAAGAACUAUUGAUAGAAGCCAAGCGUGGGAAAACUAGAGCAGAAACAAUGGGGCCCAUGGGCUGGAUGAAGUGCCCCCUUGCCAGUACAAAUAAAAGAUUUCUUAUUAAUACUAUCAAGAAUACAUUGCACUCACCAAAAGAGCAAGACCAGGGACAGAAACAUCAAGAAGAAAAUAAAGAAUCUGAGCCAAGUCAGAGCAGGGAAGAAACCAAACCAAAGAGACACAGAGUACAUCCGUACAAACCUAGUUUUCGGUCUAGGAGAAGAGUCAGCUGCUCUCCUCCCAGGCACAGGCACAAGCACAGGAACCAGAACACAAAGGACAAGUAUGAAAAGCGAUCCAACAAAUAAUGAAAAACUAUGUGUCAUUUGAAGAAUAUAAUUAAGCUAUUAACUGUGGGGGAAUGUUCAUUUAUCUUUGACUUGAAAGUAUUGCUCAGUACAAAUGUCUGUUGUAACAAUUUAGAGUUGAAUCUUGCAACUUUCUUUGAGUUCUCAUGUACCUAAAAAAUUGACUCUGUGCUUCCUUUCUGUUACUACACCUCCUCCAAAUUAAAUUUUGAUGGUUGUAAGA